GUUUCAAUGUAGGUUCAAGAUAUGAUUAGGUCCAAAGUAGGUUCAAUGUAGGUCAAAGAAAGUCCAAUUGUAAAAAUAGGUCUAAUGUAGGACAACACUCAUAUAAAAAGUCCCCGAGUGUUGACAGGUUGCGGGUCAACAGGCGCACCACAAACCAAAUGCGCAUGAUUACAGAAGGCAUAAGAGAAAUUUCACCUAAUCUCACAAUAUUGGAUCAUUUCUCGCAAUAUUCUUGUAACUUACUUUAUAUAGCGACAGUUCGGGCUUUGCCUUUCAUAGAAAUAACAGAGCAAGUGAAUUGACAGUUCGUUUUUGAUAUCAAGUGUAAGGAACGAAACUAUUGAAUAUCGGAACAUAAAACAGGAAGAUUUAAAUUUUUUUAUACUCUCCUUUCUCGUAAAAUUUUCAGUGGGACGCAUACAAAUCGGUAAAAGAUACAUCGCUUAUAUAUAACCUAAAAAUUAGGUUUCAAUAUUUAAGCCGGAAAAAACUACAAUGGAGGAGGCAAUUCAAAUACUCAGAAGCAGUAGUAGCGAUGAAGAUGCAUAUAUAAAGGAUCUACUGAUUGCGCUAAAAAUAAAUAGUGUCUUAAAAUAUGAGAUAAAUUUUAAAGAUGUUACUGAACUAGAUAAUUUUCUCAUAUCACAUGAACAAGUUUUUCUUCUCAAAACAGAAAAUGCAUUAUUAAGCAUCCUGAAAAUAUAUGAAUGCUUAAAUAAAAAUAAAAAUUAUCUUACAAAAGAAAGCAAUUUUUUAAAAGUUACUUCGUGUUCAAUAAAACAACACGUAAUAAAUCAACUAUUUUUUAAUUCGACAAGCAAGGUACUAUGUAUUUUUUACGAUUCAGAUAAGAUAACAUUAGAUGUAUUACAAAAAUUAAAUCAACUUUUAAAAGAAAAAUCAGAUAAAAAAUUUAUAUUCAUAAUACCAGAAAAUAAAGCAGAGGAAUUUAAUAAUAUCAACAAAGUGUUUGACGACAAAGUGUUUUACAAUAAAACAAUAAUUGACAAAUUCAUAUUAAAUGAUCUAACAGAAAAAUCACAGAAGAAACUUUUGGAAAGAGAAAUAAUAUUUCAGGAAGAAAGGAUUAGUUUAAACAAAUUAAUAGAUGAUUCAGAUGAAAAUGUUAAACGGAUGAUUGGUGCAGAAACAAUAGUUCAACUAAUUACUGAUCAAGAAAUAAAGAUUGGAAGUAAGUUAGAAAGAAUGAGGGAUUUGGAAGGAGCAUUUUGUGAAUUGUUUGAAGAAGUCAAUGUGAAAACAUUCAUUAAUAAAUUAUCGUUACAAGAAUUAAAUGAUAUUUACAUCAUUAGUGGAAUACACGGCUCACGAAAAGAAGAAAUUUUAGUUAAUUCUCUAAAUGACAAUACCGAUAUUGAUAGAAUUAACAAUAUCAAAAGUCAAAUAAAAGAAUUCCAAGAAGAUAUUAUCAUUGAUACAAAAAUACAAGUAGCUGAUGAUAAAUUUAAAGAUGCGGAUUUUAAAAACAUUUGUAAAAAGAAUUCUGAACGAAAAAUUUAUUGGAUUAAACUAAUUGAAUCUAAAUUCAAAUUGAUACAAAUCUAUAAUCCUGAAUUCUAUCUUGAGGGACAAAGAUUUAACGAAGAAAUAGUGAUUGAAAAAAAUGUGAAAAAACUAUUAGCAAGUUCUACACUAUCCGAGAAAUUUAUUUUUAUCAAUAAAACCAAAAAACAAGUUACAAGCUGGUUACAAUUUUCUAAUGAAAUGGAUAAAAUAACAUUCGAAAAAAAUUGUAAUAAUCAUACAAUUAAGUUUCUAACAUCUCAAGAUAAUCCUCAGGAAACUUUUGAAGCAAUAGUUGAAGAAAAUUUCGAUGAAACGUUUCAUUUAUUUGAGUUUGAACAAGAUCGGCUUAUUUUGCGUGAAACUCAUGGUUUAUUGGGAAAUUUAAGUAAAUAUAGAGAUAAAAAAAAUAACACAUUAUUUUUAAUAGGAGAAAAAGAUUUAGCCAAAAAAAUUAAGGAUCAAAAAAUAAUUAUUAUUGCUGGUAAUCCGGGCGUGGGGAAAAGUACAAGUUUAAUUAAAUUAUAUAAACAUACAACUUCUGGGUCAAAAGAGUCACAUUGGAUGAUUAGAAUAAAUCUUCAAAAUUAUUUGCAAGCAGUAGAAAAAAUUAAUACUAAUAAUAUAGACACAACAAUAGAAUUUUUAUCAGACUACCUAGAGAAUAAUUUAGAAAAAAAUUUAUUAAAUAUAGCCUUGCGAAAAAACAAUUUCAUAAAGCCUUUAUUAAUACUAUUUGAUGGAUUUGAUCGAGUUUUAAACGAACACGAUAGAAGUAAAAUUUCCUUUUUAUUAAAAUUUCUAAAUGACAAAACAGAUACCAAAAUUUGGAUUACUACACGUUUGGAGAGUGAAAAAAUUCUAGAAGAUUCAUUAUCAACAUUUGCCAUCAAGCUUGAAGAAAUGGAUGAUUCAACAACAAGUGUAUUCAUUGAAAAGUACUUGAAAAAUAAUCUCAGUUUAAUAUUAAGUAAUGAAGAGUACACAAAUAUUUUUGGUAAAAAUAAAUUAAAUACAAAAAUGAUAUCAUACAUUGAGGCAUUUUUAAGUAAAAUAAAUAAAGUAUUUAAAGAUGGCAAUAUCUCUAAAACUCCAUUACAACUGCAAUUAAUGUUACAAGAUUCUGCAAAACAUUUUAAAAAAUGGUUUCAAGAUGACAAUGACAAAAAUCCAGACUUUAGUUACUUGGGAGAUAAUCUAUGGGAAGUAUAUGAAAAUUUUAUUAAUGCAAAGUAUAGGAUCUAUUUUCAAAAAACAAACGUCACAGGAUUAAUACAACAAAGACUAAAUACAGAAUUUUUUGAUAAAUAUCAUAAGAAGUUAGCUAAAUAUUUAAUUCUCAAUUUAAGAGAAAAUGAAUUCUUCGAAGAAUUUAAAGAUAUUGUUAUAUCAGUCGGAAUUAUUAGAUAUUUUGGAAGAAAUAUUGAUUUUAUUCAUUCAUCUUUUAGAGAAUACUUUGCUGCUUUAAUUUUUAUACAUUGGAUAAGAAAGUGGAAAGAAAAUCAACUAUCCUUACAGAAGCAGGAAUAUUUUUCAAAGAAGAUUCUAGUGGAAUCAGAUUAUAUUCAUAUUCGUAAAUUUUUAAAUUCUAAAUUCAUCAAAAAGAAAAUUGAAAAUGUCAAAUUUGAAGAAGAAUAUUAUGAUAAAGCCAUUUUAAUUAAAGCAGUUGAGGAAAAUAAUACAAGAAUCGUUAGUUUUAUUUUAAAUGAUUUUCAAACUAUUAAUGCUACAACAGUUUUGAGUGCGGUCGAAUCUGAUAAUUUGAAAAUCGUUCAAUUUUUGAUAGAGCGAGGUGCACAGAUUAAUGCUACAGAUGAUUUAAAAUCAAUAUUGCAUAUUGCAGUUGCAUCUGGUAAUUUAGAAAUGGUUAAAUUUCUAGUAAACAAAGGUGCAGAUAUUAAUGCUGUAAAUGAAUUGGGUCGAAAAAUUUUACAUACUGCAGCUGAUUCUAAUUGCAAUCAAUCUGAAUCUUUGAAAAUAGUUGAAUUUCUGAUGGAGAAAGGUGGAGAUAUUCAUGCUGAAGAUAAAUAUGGUAAAUCGGUUUUAGAAUAUGCGGUAGAAUUUGAUAAUUUAGAGAUGGUUAAAUUGUUGUUAGAGAAAAAUUUAGAUGUCAAUGCUCGAAAUAUUUAUGGUAGAUCAGUUUUAUGUUUUGCUGGUACAUUGGAGAUGGUUAAAUUUUUGAUUGAGAAAAAUGUGGAUAUUAAUAGAAGAGACAAUUAUGGCAAACCAGUAUGGUGCUUUGUGUUUGAACUUGGUAAUAUUGAAACAAUAAAAUAUUUGAUAGAACAAGGUGUAAAUGUUGAAACUAUGGUUGAUUAUAAAGACUAUUAUGAUACAACACUUUUGCACAGUGCAGGUGUUUCUGGUAACUUGCAGACUGUUGAAUUUCUACUAGAACAUGGUGCUAAGAUUAAUGCUAAAGAUAAAAGUAGUAAGACAGUUUUGCACUAUGCGGUACAACAUGAUCACUUGAAAAUAGUGGAAUUUCUAGUGAAACAAGAUGUAAAGAUUAAUGCUAAAGAAAUAAAUGAUAGUUCAGUUUUGCAUUACGCGGCACAAUUUGGUAAUUUGAUGAUAGUUAAAUGUUUGGUAGAGCAUGAAGCUAAGGUUAAUGAUAAAAAUAGAAAUGGUGCAACAGUAUUGCACUGCGCUUCUAAAUAUGGUAAUUUAAAGAUAGUUGAGUUUCUCGUCGAGAAAGGUGCUGUGGUUAAUAUUAAAGAUAAGGACGGUAAAUCAGUUUUGCAGUACGCGGUCGAAGGUGGUAAUUUGAAGAUUGUUGAAUUUUUAAUAAAUCAUGAAGCAAAGGUUAAUGAAAGAGACAAAUAUGUUUCAUCAAUUUUACACAGUGCUGCUGGUUCUGGUAACUUGGAGAUGGUUAAAUUUUUGAUAGAACAAGGUGCGAAUAUUCGUGGUGAAGACAAAGGUGGUAGAUCAGUUUUACAUAGAGCGGUUUCAGUUGGUAACUUGGAGAUGGUUAAAUUUUUAAUAAAGAAAGGUGAGAACGUUUCUACUCAAGAUAACUAUGAUACAACAGUUUUGCACACUGCAGCUAGAAACGGUAAUUUGGAAAUGGUUAAGUUUUUGGUUGAGGAAGGUGCUAAAAUAAAUGCUAAAGACAAAGAUUGUAUUUCAGUUUUGCAUAAAGCAGCUGCAUCGGGUAACUUGGAGACGGUUAAAUUUUUGGUUAAGGAAGGUGCAAGGAUUAAUAGUGUAGAUAAAAGGGAUAGAUCAAUUUUACACAGUGCAGUUGGAUCUUAUAACUUUGAUAUGGUAAUAUUUUUAGUAGAGCAAGGUGCCAAUGUCCAUGCUAAAGACGAAAAUGAUCAAUCAGUUUUGCACUUAGCGGCUAGUUAUGGUAUCUUGGAAAUGGUCAAGUUUCUAGUACAGAAAGGUGGAAUUAUUCAUGGAAAAGACCAAUGUGGUAGAUCAGUAAUACACAGUGCAGCUCAAUCUGGUAACUGUGACUUGGUUAAAUUUUUGAUAGAUGAAGGUGCUAAUGUUCAUGCUAAGGGUGAAGAUAACAGAUCUGUUCUGGAGGUUGCAGUUAUUUUUAAUCACUGGAAUAUAGUUGAAUUUUUGCUAAAACAAUGUGAUGAUCAGAUUACUGCUGAAGAUAAGAAUGGUUUUUCAAUUUUUCACUAUGCGUGUAGAAAUGGUAAUUUGGAGAUGAUUAAAUUACUUCUGGAGCGAGGUGCAAAGAUUAAUGUCAAAACUAAAAAUGGCAAAUCUGUAUUACACAAUGCAGCUAAACAUGAUGACUUGAAGCUAGUAAAAUUUCUGGUAGAGCACGGUGCAGAUAUUAAUGCUAAAGAUAAGAAUGGUAAAUCCGUUCUGGAAUAUGGGUUUGAGUCUACUAACUGUUUAUUCAGUUCUAAUACCUGGGAAAAAAUUGAAUUUCUAAUAAAUAAUGGCGCUGAUGUUAAUUUGAUAGAUAUUGAAAAAUUUCGAGGUUUUCACUAUAUCACUGAUUAUAUAAAAGAAAAAAAAAGUUCUAAUUCUAAAGAAUGUGAUACAGAAAUCACAUGAACAAGAAUGUUUCUAACGAAUUUCAUAUUUAAUAAAUUGAUUUGUAAGUAAAAUGUUGACAAAAAUUUGUUGUUAUUUUCUACGUGUGACAUUCUUAUUUAAGUUAUUUUAUAUGUAAACAUUUUUGCUGAGAGAUGAACAACAAACAAUUGUGCAUUGAAGAUAAUAAAUAAUUUUAUAAUUAUUCAGAGAAUAAACUGUCUUUUUUUAUUUCUAAUACCUGAUAACGUUAAAAGUGUUGCAUAAAAUUA